ACUGGCAUAUAAAGACUGACAAUAGCAAAACUUGGAUCGGACAUUCAGAGCGAAUGGAUAAGCAGGUGGCCAUCGUGGGAGCUGGGAUCAGUGGUCUGCUUGCCUGCAAGUACACCCUUUCGAAGGGCUUUAGUCCGAUUGUUUUCGAAUCCACUAGUACUAUCGGAGGCGUAUGGACCAGGACUGUAGAGACUACACGGUUGCAGACUCCUAAAGCAUUCUACCAGUUCUCAGAUUUUCCAUGGCCAUCUUCGGUGAAAGAGGACCAUCCUAACCAGAAUCAGGUGUUAGAAUACAUCCAGUCGUAUGCUCGCCAUUUCGACUUGCUCAAGCACAUCAAAUUCAAUACCAAUGUGUGUGGUAUAGAGUAUGAAGGCCCAUCUGAGGAGGAGAUGCAAUCUUGGAGUCUUUGGGGAGGCACUGGAGAAGCAUUCAGCUCAGAAGGGAAAUGGAAAGUUAUAGUAGAAGAGAAGCAAAGCCUUUCAACUAAGACUUAUCUAGUAGACUUUGUGAUCCUCUGCAUCGGACGAUUCAGUGAUGUUCCAAAUAUUCCUGAAUUCGCUCCGAACAACGGACCGGAAGCAUUCCAUGGAAAGGUUAUACAUUCGAUGGAAUACGCCGAUAUGGAUUAUGAAAGCGCUUCUAAAUUCGUGACUGGAAAGCAAGUAACAGUUGUCGGGUCUCAGAAAUUUGCAAUGGACAUUGCAAUGGAAUGUUCAAAUGCUAAUGGGAUAGAAAAUCCAUGCACAUUAUUGUACAGAACAGAACACUGGAAUAUACCAGAUUUCUUUCCAUGGGGUGUGCCUCUUCCAUUACUCUACUUGAAUCGCUUCUCCGAGCUCUUGGUUCAUAAGCCUGGCGAAGGAUUCCUGCUUAGUCUCCUUGCAACACUGCUUUCACCUCUGAGAUGGGCGUUUUCAAAAUUUGUGGAAACAUAUGCAAAUAACAAGCUAGGAUUAUACAAGUAUGGGAUGGUACCUAAGCAGACAUUCCUUCAAGAUAUGAGUUCUAGUUUGGUAGCAUUAGUGCCUGAAAAGUUUUAUGACCGAGUGCAAGAGGGAAGCAUCAUACUCAAGAAAUCUCCGAGAAACUUCGGAUUUUGCGAAGAAGGAAUUUUGGUUGAAGGGGAGGUCUCGCCUCUGAAGACGGAUUUGGCCAUAUUGGCUACAGGGUUUACAGGUGAGAAGAAGCUCGAAGACAUCUUUGUGUCUCCCACCUUUCAGAAUUACAUAACGGGACCGCCCGAGGCAAUAUUGCCCCUCUACAGGCAUUGCAUAAAUGGACGAAUUCCACAACUAGCUGUAAUUGGAUUCUCCGAGAGUAUCUCAAACUUGUACACCUCCGAGAUGAGAUGCAAAUGGGUAAUUGAGCUUCUUGGAGGCACGUUUAAGGUACCAAGCAUAAAAGAAAUGGAAAAGGAUGUGAAGAAAUGGGACGAAUAUGCGAGGCGAUAUGGUGGAGAAUACUACCGGAGAUCAUCCAUCAGUGCCCUUCAUGUAUGGUACAACGACCAAUUGUGCAAGGAUAUGGGAUGGAACCCGAAGAGGAAGAAAGGACUGCUUGCUGAACUUUUUGAGCCUUAUGGUCCAAUGGAUUAUGUUUCCCCUUUAAAUAGUUAACAAUAAUUUUUUUUUUCUUUUGAAAUAAUGGGGUUUGGAACCCAGACAAACUAGGAGGCUCAUCCCCACGCUCAUAUUAUUAUUAAUAAUAUUUUGCCCCAUCGGGGGGAAGUAAUACCUA